UAAAUACCAUACCUAACCGAAGAACCGCUGCAUCUUGGUGUAAAUGUGUAUGUCCACGUCCAUGUGUAAAAUCCGCAACUUAAACAUUUAAUGUCGUUUUCCAAUGUCCUAAUCAUGCGACAGCCCGAUGAGGGCAAAUGCCAAAUCUGUAAGCGUGUUUUCUGUUGCGGGAAAUGCCGCCAGAAUCAUCAGUUCAAAGCCCACGCCAUUGUUGUACGUGAACCAUUGGGGUUAAAGAGCUCCAGCAACGGAGGAAUCACGGAGCAUCGUCAUCAAAUGGAGUCCGGUGCCACAACUAUUUAUGUUUUCUGUCCGAUCUGCGAGCGGCGACCGUUACUGCUUCGCGAGGAGAUGCACGGCGAGCUGCUGGCCCAUAUCGAGACAUGCCAUUUGCCGUUAAGGUGUAGGAAAUGCCAGCGUAACUAUACACGCAUCGAUGAUCUGCGGGAGUUCAGCAAAUGUGUGGAUCAGCAGCAGAACUGCACAGGGACUAGCUGCAAUAAUCUUACCGCGGACACGGAUACCUCAAAAGUGACGGUGAAGAAGGCGUCAAAUAGUAUAGCCAUCUCUACGCAAACAUCACCGGGCGUAACGCCCAUUUCGCUAAUCAAUAUGCGUUGGAAGGCCAAAAGCCGCAUCACCCACGAGGAGUUCAUCAGCGACAGUGUUUCCUCUAUUCGCAACCUCUCCUCUUUCAGCAACAGUUCCAUACGCCGAUCCAUUGGCCACCUGGGCGUUAAUCCGCCGGAAACUGUAGAGAAGGGAAAGGUCAUACGAUCAACAUCGACACCAUUGCAGUUGGAAUCGGUUUUUGCCAAGCCCAAGGAGCCGAUUACCUUCAAUGCCUCGAAUGGCGGGCAUGUGUCUAGCAUUUACCACGAGGAGCCCAGUCCGGCGCUGGAGAGCAAUUCAGCACAGCAGCAGCCUAUGCAACAGCGCACCUGGAAAAUGAGUGGCCGUAAUAAGAUGAGCGCCGCAACUCCGUUGCGCCAGGUCAUGUCAAAGAGUAUACAGAAGGCAUUUGUAGAGCAUGGGGGCAUGCUGGUCCACCAGCCGCCUUCCGGUGUUAUACAGCGUCGGGUACGUCUCGAUCUUAGCGAACAUAGUUCCACCGAAGGGAUAGGAUCAUCAUCCGCUCUGGAUCUUCGACUUUCACCAGCAAUGCGACGCACUCAAAGUGAGUCCAGCGCCAUAGAGGUCAGCGGCAGCUCCACUUGCUCACGAAAUCCUGAUCCGUACAAGCGGCCGUUCCUUCUGUCAGCCCAGAAACUUACCACCGAAUCAAUAAUUAUUACCAGGAUGAACUCCAAUUCGCAGGAAACCUCCUCCACGGUGUACAACUCCUGUGAGAGUGUGGAGAUUAUACGUUCCACCUCCGAAUCGGCCGAAGUAUGCCAUGUGCCGGCCAUAACGCCCAUCCGCAUUACAGGUACCGGGAUCAAUAAGAAGCAGAUUAAGUUUGAAACUCCGCCGAAGAGCUGCCGCCAGUUGACGGGUAAUGCCGAGGGUGACGAUACUAAGGAUCAGUUUUUUACGCCAGAUCCUGGGACACCGGAACGUCCAGAUCGCCGUCACCGCCAGGCAAUUGUACCGCGACAGCUGAGCGGCGAGUUCUCGCCCAAAAAGGAGAAGGCCAAGGAAAAGGAGAUGACGAUCUUGGCCUUAGUCUCUCCACCACCUCAGCAUCCCAGGAAGCGUCCUCCGUUGCGCGAUUGUCGCCAGCGGAGGGUCUUUAGCGGCGUGCAGGAUGUUGGCGAUCCGGAGUACGCAAGCGGGGACGCAGAUGAGGAAGAGGAUGAGGUGUUCCGGCCGACGAACGCCUCUACGCGCAACGACAAGAAGCAGGAGCCACCUGGAUCCGGUCGCCUAUGGUCACUGAUGAGCUCCAUGAUGCGGCUGCCGGCCACCCUGCGCGGUGAAAAGGAAAAGGACAAGGAUUCGGAUAAGGAGAACGCCGGUUCGGGCUCCCUCAUCCGUCGUUGUGCUUCUAUCGCCGGCUCCCUGGUGCGUCCCAAUGUGAAGGAGUCUUCCAUGGAGGACAACCAGAGUCUCAAGAGGAAACGUACCCAAACGCUGGACAACCAGUACUGCAGCCCGCUGUCACCGUCCAGCUCAUCGAAGCGCUAUCGCAUCCGGUCCAGGGAACCCAUUGAGCGCAUGCGACGCCACUAGGAUUUAAGUUUUAAAUUGCAAACUUGUGUGUUAAUUGUGAAUUUUAUUAAUGUGUGAAUAAAUUUUUUGGCCUUGCA